AUGGAUGCACCUCUUUUGACUGCUUUUGUGGACAGAUGGAGGCCGGAAACACAUUCAUUCCAUUUACCUUGUGGGGAGGUCAGCAUCAGUAUGCAAGAUGUGGUGAUGAUUCUCGGGCUACCUUUGGAGGGCAAUGCAGUGAUCGGCAUGAUUCAGACUGAUGGAUGGAGGGAUAUGGUGGAGGCACACAUUGGGAUUCGACCUGAAGAACCACCUGAGGGAGUCAAGGACAUGAAGACCUCAGGGGUUAGCUCGGCUUGGUUGAAGCAGAAUUUCAACCAUUGUCCUCAGGGAGCACCUCAGGAGGCUGUAGAGCGGUAUGCUCGCGUGUGGUUGUGGCACCUGUUAGGGGGCUUCCUGUUUCCCGAUGGUUCUGGAAACACCAUCUCAUGGAUGGUCCUUCCAAUUCAUGGACAGCAGUGGGAGAACAUCGCUCAGUAUAGCUGGGGGUCGGCAGCAUUAGGUUGGCUUUACCGGCAGCUUUGUGACGCAUGUAGGCGUGCUGGCAAUGACUCGAACCUAGGAGGUUGUGCAUACCUCUUGCAAAUCUGGAUUUGGGAGCGGUUUCCAGUCAGCCGGCCAUACCGUGGUGAACUAGAGGCGUGGCCGCACCAUGAUCCUGAGUCGAGGCCCACCGUUGCUUACUGCUGGAAGAACAUUGGAGCUGUCAGAGGGGAUCCUUUGCGUCGGUACAUGCGUUACAUGGACGACCUAGACUGCCUCACACAAAAUCAGGUACUAUAUGCAUCUGGGGUUUUUAAAUAA